CAGGCUCUGUCCUUGAGAUGCCAUGGAGGCUGGCUGGCCUCACAUGUUCAGAUAGAAACAUGCACAUAUCUCUUAGUUAGUGAGGGGUCCCAGACAGUAAACAACUGGCUGAACCUUGAGCAGUCAGAGUACUUGCAGAAAGGGAGCUACUGCAGGGACUAUGUCAUGGCCCUCCUAGAAACUGCUUGCUCAAGUCUCAGGACACUGAAAUUGAGGCCUGAUCUCUGAGAGAAGACUGACAGCCUGUUAUGGCAUCUUUUGGUCCUUUCAACAUAACUCCUCCCAAAAUGAUCAAUCCCAAAGUAGUGGCCAACAAUAAGAGAGACUUCAACCAAAUUCAAGGUUGGAUAACAAGGAGAGCCCAAUGGCAGAUGCAUGGAUCUCCCCGGACAAGGGAAAUAAAGAGAUCUCCUGGGUGAACUGGGGGCAGGUGAGGAUGGGAACAUGAGGAUUUGGGUUGGGAGGUGCAUGAAGGUGUACUCUACUGAAAGAGAAGACUGGACAGGGGAGCAUAAUGGGGUCAGAUAGAACAUGAUGCAAGGGGAACUCCCCAAAAUCUAUGAGAAUGAACUCAACUAAGAUGUCUAGUAAUAGAGGAUACACAGCCUGAACUGGCCAUCUCCUGUGAUCAGACUGUUGACUACCUCAAUUGUCAUCAGAGAGUCUUCAUCCAGUAACUGAUGGAAAUAGAUGCAGAGACCCACAAAAAACCAUUAAUCCUCUUUGGGUUCAGGGAAUCCUGCUGAAGAAGGGGAGGAAGGAUUGUGGGGUCAGUGGGGUCAAGAACAUCCCAAGAUAACAGAAAACAACUAACCUGGCUCAUAUGAACUCAGUCUGAACCAACAACCAGAGAGCCUACAUGAGACUGACUAGGCCCUAUACAUAUGUCUGACAGCUGUGUAAUUUGGUUUAUUUGUGGAACUCCUAACAAUGGGAGCAGGGUCUGUCCCUUGGGCUUUGGCUGGCUCUUGGGAACCUAUUUGUGAGUCCCUGCUGUGCACUGCUCUGCUUCCCAACAUGUACUGCUCAGUAUAAUCCCAACUGGACAAGUCCUGACUCACAGAAGUGUAGAGAACACUGAGAUAAGAUGUGGUCUGUAGAUGCAGAAGAAAACUUGGCUAUUACUCUGGGAAUAUAUUGGUGUCAUUGGGCUGAUACUGUUGUUGGCUGUGGGAUUGAGCACUUUUGAAGAUCUGGGUGGUGAUUAGGAUAACCCACAUGGCAGAGACCAUGUCAAGGAGGGAGUGAUGCUCCAUUUGUGGAAGCAAACUGCCCUUGAUAGGUAAGGCUUGUUAUUAUGCAUGCCUUUCCUGAUCUCACACAGCACCUUACUCCCCACCUUGCCCAUUACUGGGACCCCAGGAGAGUUAAACCACUCUGAGAGCUGUGGGCUAUGGAAACCACCUGGUGAGACUUAAGGAGGACAGCUCCACAGCGAUGUAAACCCCAGUAAAGCAAUGUGGAAUGACAUGACCAUUGACCUUCAGCUGUGUCUUGGCCACAGCAUACCUCCCUUCCCACCUUGGUUUUGAAUUAUAUUCAGUGUCAUAGGUCAGUGACCAAGAUCUCAUAUGGAAAACAACACCCAAAUGAUGUUGAUCCUCCAUGGAUUGUAAGAAUGAAGUUAAAGACAAGGACAAAGGGCAAGUGGCAUGGCACUCAUGACUAUGGGAUCUGCUCGUUGCUGGUUCAUUGCCCACCAGAAAGAAACAGAUGGAAUCCUUACCAUGAGAACUCUUUGGGAAUGAAAGCUCAGCAGAGUGGGGAGAUUGAUUGGAAGACAGUGUCUUCUGGAACAUAGAAACUAUAGGUAUUUCAUUCUGGAAGCAACUAUGUAUUUUGAGAUUGGAGUCAAUUUUGGAAUACGCUCAUUCAAGGAGGACAUGACACUUUUAAACAUGGUCAGUUCAAGGUCAUGCAUCCCAUGCUUUUUAGUGUAAAUGAGAGAGGGCUGGGGGAGAGAAAGAACCACAGAUUGACUGUAUCAGUCAUGGCACCUAAAAUGUAACCUGACAUUGCCUGACUAGAGACACAUGCUUAAGAUCACAUUAACUACUUAGAUAGGACAAAGACAUGUCAGAAGAAUAUUGAGAUGACAAAUGCUGUAUAACCAACUGGACAACUCUGCUGAUGUCCACACCAUUAUUUCCUUCCAUUGGGUUGACUUGUGUUUCUAUAAAUCUGAAGUUAAAUAAACUGUGCCUCCUGUCAGUAGAUCUUUGCCAAGUAUUAGACCACACAUGAGAAUAAUUAGUAGUUGAGUGGCUGGAAACAAGAAUGUGAGAGAAAAAAUGAAAAAUCACUAUGGAUUUUGCCAAGCCUUGAUUGGACCGUUGCAUGUGACAUCACAUGGAGUCCAAGUGAUGUAAGCUAGAUAUCAGCCAAUAAAAGGGCACCACCUAGGGCUGAGUUUGUCUUUGUACUUCAGAGAAGCAGUUGGUUGGUGGGAGAGCAGUUGGAUUCAGUUGCUUCUGCUAGAUUUGGCCUUUUCAAAGCCUGUCAGAUCUCGACUUACAUUGUGUGGGUCUGAAAUUUCCCACAAGAUAAAGUGAUUAAAAUUAAGCAGAACACCAUGGUCAGCCACAUGGAAGAGGACAUUCUUAAAAAGGAUUUCAAGAUGUUAACAUCUCUAGGGUGUGGUUCAUUCAGGGAGGCGAAGCUGGCCUGCCAUCUUCCCACACAAACACGAGUGGCUGUCAAGGUUCUUGAGAAAAACACCAACAGUGUUGGUGACAUCAGCACUAAAGUGAACAUCCUUCAGUCUCUGGAACAUAGGAACAUCGUUCGAUUUUUUGACAUGAUCGACACACUGUCAACCACUUACGUGAUUAUGGAGUAUGUGGCAGGAGAAGAUCUGGAGAGCUGCCUCAGGGCACUGGGCUGUCUAAAGGAGGAGGAGGCUAGAGGGAUUUUCAGGCAGGUGGUGUCUGCGGUUCACUUCCUCCACCAGAGAAACAUCGCACACCGUGAUAUCAAAUUAGAAAACAUCCUAGUCGAUGCAGCAGGAAACACAAAGCUUUGUGGCUUUGGGAUGGCAAUUGAAAUCACAGAGGGGCAGAUGUUGGAGGAGAUCUGUGGCUCCUUGCUCUAUUGGGCCCCAGAGAUCUUGGCAAGAAAACCCUAUGAUGGACUGGCAGGUGAUAUGUGGAGCUUGGGUAUCGUCCUAUAUGUCCUGGUCACAGGGCACUUUCCAUACAUGGAAGAAACCCUUGAAGGUAUGCACAGGGUCAUCACCACCACAAUGUAUCCCAUUCCCUACCAUCUGUCCAAACCCUGUCACAUCAUCAUUGCCCGACUACUCAUGGUCCCCACCUGGUACCGAUUCACAAUCUCUCAGCUUGUGGAACGACCAUGGCUGGGCCCCAUUCAAGAAAAUGUACUGCCUGCCACCAAAGAAAUCCUGCCCAGGGUCGUGGAGAUUAUGUGCACCAUCGGCUAUACCUGUGAGGAGAUUGUGUCAUCCCUAACUCACAGGCGAGAAGAUAAUCAUGUAAUGGCUACGUGCAACAUUCUCAAAUAUCAGCUGAGUUGUGGGGACAGCCAUCUUCAAGAUCAGAUGCCCUGGCUAACUAGCAGCCCUGCAGGUCCUGUUCGCCUCCCUCUCCCCUUGACCAGGAGAGCCAGUGAACCAGCGUUUACAACCGGUACACAAGCUGGGAAGAGUCACUUUAAGGAGGAGGGUGUGGAAGAAAGAGGCAAAAGAUGUAGAAGCUACACCAUGCCCCACACAUACUCCCUCCCGGACGAUCUGCCCUGUUCAGACAACACAGUCCCAGAAAGAGAUGCUCUUAUGGCUGAUGUCAUCAACACUGCUACAGGGGACACUGCAGUCAACAGGAAUUCUGUUGACCCCCUGCCUGGCAAUCUCCCCUCCCCUGAAUCAGUCUUGGAUGCAACACCCACAGGAUUUCUGAACCUGGACUUCUCUGAAGAAGAUUCAUCCCAAGAGUCAGACAUUCCCAGUGACCAGCCCCAGGUGGCACCCACAACAUCUGGAUCCAGGCCAUUCAGGGUCUGGAAACUGGUGAGGAAGCGAAUCUCCCAUGCCCAGAGAGCACUGUGCUGCUGCUGCUGCUGCCUGCCCACCCCAAGUGUGGAAACUGAAAUGGCCCAAUAGAAUUCCAGACCUGGUGAGGAGUGAGUGCCACAGAAGUGAGCCAGAACUGAUCUCCAGUGUGCCAGCUCCCUCCAACCCAGGGCAACAGGCUCCUGCCUACAUUCAUCCUCCAGCUAUUGGGUCUGAGCUGCCACUCUGCAUCUCUUUCAGCUUAACCCAGCUUCAGAACUGUUGUGGAACAAUGCGGGAUCGUAAGGCACAUGGACCCCAUGACCCUCUCCCUUCCUAGCCUUGGUUGUGCUUGUAGGACCACUCACACUGCAUGGAAAACAGCAGCCUCUACCAUCAGGAAGGAUGAUUAUACCAACCUCAGCUGCUCAUCAUCUUGGUCACUUUAACCCUCAACUUACUCUGUGAUUGCCUUUUGGAAAGAACAGCAAGACCUGUGUAAAUCCUCUGGAGAAUGGAGAUGGGUGAAGGAAAUAAUGGGGACGAAUUGAGAACAGUUUUGAGACAGGAACAUGGGACAUGAGAGUUGGUGUACAUUAAGGAGUAGAGUCUGUUCUGAGGAACUUCUUGUCAACAAAAUAACAUGAAAGAGAUGUGUGUGCUGAGCUGUCACAGGGGCCGUGCACAGUCUACAGCAGGAACGAACCUCCCCUGAAGUGCAGAGUAGGAGGGAGCUAGGGAUAGCCAGCAAUGAGGAGGAGAGAGCCUGCUCCGAUGGUUCCUAGCAUGUGUCAAGGCACACAGGUAGGAUGUUUUCUUGUAAAUAACAUCCUGUUCUUUCCUACAGAUCUGGGGUGUAGCAAGAGAAAAGUGCAGCACUAUUGGUCAGUGUAGUCACGUUCUCUUCAGUGCUAAGUAAGUCCUGUCUGUUAUAGUCACUAAGAGAGGCACUUUCUUUAUUCUUUCUGGUUUUAUUUGGGAAAGUGAAAUGGUCUACUUGAACUACAGUCUUGGUGUGGUGUGGUACAACAGGAAGGAUCCAGGCUGGAAAUUUAUGUCCUGUGUGAUGAUACAUUAGGGCUACAGGUUCCAGUAUCCAUCCUCCAGGUGUAGGGUCUCAGCUCCCAUCUUCCCCAUCCUUUACCUCACUGCUGCCCCUGCACUGUUGUUGAUCAUCCCUAAGUAGUCACGUGUAGCAUCGACCCAAUGAAUGUCUACAUCCCUCAUGGUUCCUGCAGGACCAGGGUUCCCCGGCAUCUAAAAGUGCUGCCUCUGUCAACAGGACAGACUCGCACACAGUCUCAGGCUUCCCUCCUCUUUGAUCACUUCAUCACCUCCAAACUGCUCUCUGACAGUCUUUUAGAAGAUGCAGGAAAUGUAAAUCCAGUGGGAGACAGAGGGAUGGAGAUAAGGGGUGCAACAGGGGAAAGGAGGUGGAGAGGAUGAAGAGGAAAUGAGAGGACCUGGAGAAAGUAGAGUCUGUCCAGAAGAGCUUACCUGAAAUGAGUCAGGAGAAAAGGAGGUUUUGCUGGGUUAAGGGUCUGAAAAAGUGAGACCAGGAACAAAUGUCUCAAACAGAGCAGAGUGUGACCUUGGGUGUAGUGCCAGCCAUGAGGAGGAAUGGACCCUGUUCUGAUGGUUCCUGGCAUACGUCAAUGUAGUGAAUUAUGAGGCUGCUUUGGAAAGGGGUUUCCAUUCUGGGCUACUGAAGAAGGGUCUGGGAGAAGAGAAAGGUGUUUCCAUCAUGCAGUGGAGUCCUCUCCUGCUCCUGUCUGACAUGUCCUUUGGCAGAUCUGAUGACAUCUAUGUCUUUGUCUCCAUAGCCUUCUCCAUUCAGGCUUCCGAUGUUGCCCCCCACCUCCUGAUCCAAGAAUCUUACAUCAUUUUUCCAUCUCAUGGAGGGAUUGAUAACUGACAUUGACCUUACAUUAACAUUGUUCUGUCCCAGUGUGGGAAGGUAAGUAGGCAUUGCCAGGCCUGAUGCUGAGUAUUGCCUCUACAAGAACAGCAGCCAUGGGAAUUCUCUAUGACCAAUGCCCACCACUGGGGUCAGUCUGACAAGGAAACCUUGAUCAUCACGGAGUUCUUGAUGACAGCCCUUGGUGCCGUGUGAAGCACUGGUGAGUGUAGUGUCUGAACUGGGUUCCAGGUCACCUUCUAGGUAGGGAACAAAUCACUGAUUUGGGAAGAGGAAAUGAACUCAGCAGGGACUCGAGGGUACUAAUCUGUGUGAAUCAGGCACCUGAAGGUAAGGUUGAGUACAGUAAGUAUCUGUGUGUGGUAGAAGAUGAGUCUCUGAAGCCUGGUCUUGAUUUCAUGAAGAAAAGGAUCCCAUGAAGUAGCAUGUGCCAGCAUCCCUGACACAGAGGGAAAAUUAUCACUGACUUGCUCAACUGAAGAGCAAUGGGAGACUGAGAGACUGCAGAGGUGUGACAAGGGAGGAACCAUCUUCUCUGUUACAGUUGGCCUCCAGCUCCAUUCUGACCAUUUGACCCUGGCCUGUUAGCAAACACUAAGGCAAACUAAAUGCUCUUGCCAGAUUUCUUCCCAGUGAAUGACAGCCAGCUUGUGCUGUCACUUACUUCUAGAACCCUGACUGUCUGGUGAGUCCCAUGUGCACAGAAGAUCAGUCAGUUUGUUCAGGAAGAGAGAGAAAUUUUCAGUUUGUGGGUAUCACCUGGUGUCAGGCUGGGUUUCUGCUGCAUAUCAGUGAAGGCAGGGCUGAGAAGUGGUUGAGGAUUCUGUUGAAUUCUAGAAAUGAGAUAGGGAAAUUUCCUGAAUCCUCAUUUGAUAGUUUACUUUUUUUGAGACUGGAUCUCACUAUAGCCCUGUCUAUCCUGAGACACUCUGUGUAGAACAUGCAGCUCUCAACCUCACAGAGAUUGACCCCCUCUCUGUCUCCUGAGUGCUGUGAUAACAGAUGUGUUCUCCCAUGUCUAGCUUUAUGUACUGUAUGUAUAGCAUCAAUGGUAAAUUCCUCAAACAUUUGAGGGAAAGGAGACAAGUUCUGUGCUUCUUUCAUCCUGACAGGGUCAGGAAUUGAACUGAAGGUUCUGUCAUCCAGGAUGGACUACAAACAGCAGCAAAGUCCAAAUCUAACUUUCAGAAUAGAAGUCUAUGUCCACCACUGAACAGAUACCUGGAGGAUCCCCACCUGAAGACCAGGCACAAAUCCCAUGACUUCAACCUGACCAAUCAGGAGAGUCCAGAUUGGCUACCUGGUCUGAUUGAUUGAGUUCUUUCCAUUUGAGCCUUGAGAUCACAGCUGAGGACUCAAGGGAUGAGCUCUCUACAUCAGGAGACAAACGGUGGCAAUUAGGUGUGGCCUGAGACAGCAGAAGUCGGAGCUCUGCAGGAAGUCCAAAUGGCAGUGUGCCCACUUCCCCAGCAUGAAGGGUCUCUGUCCAGCACAGGAGGAGGAAAGUGACAGCAAGAUGGAGGAAAAUGGGUACCACUCCGGAUGGAAUGCUGGGACAUUGCUCCACUCCAGAAGUGCCUGGCCAUAUCCUGAAUCGUGGACCCCGAGAAUUCCUGACCUGAGUAUGUGCACACUAAACAUUAGUGACAUUGAGGAACAAGAGCGCCUCUCCCCUCUCCUUCGUAGCAGACUAGCAUGCACUGUCUGAGCUCCAGAGGAACUCAGAGGCUGCACACAGCAACAGGAGGACAUGCUGUGGAGGAUGAUGACACGGUUUCUCUUCCACCAUCCAACUACAGACAACCACCCCAAAUUACCAACAAGAUCUGGGGAAUCUACAGGAUCAUCCCCUUGUGAAAAGUACCCAGUGGGUACUUACUGCUGAAUCCUGCCCACCUUAGACUCCUUUGCAUUUUCACAGUUCAGAAAGUCACCUAUGCCUCUCUGUCCUCACAGAUAACAAAGAAAACCUGCCUGAUCAGGUAAAGAAGUAUCUCAGAAGAGCCUUGGGAAUUAAAUGUGCUUCUCUUUCUGAAUUCAAGAGUGGAUCUCCUGAGAAGGGCAGUAUCCAUGGACCACCUGUCCCAGGCCUCGAAUAACAUGGAGAGGCAGAACUUGAGGUCAUACAUUUGGCCCAUUUCUCACUGGUUUAGACAGAAACAAUUUAUAAACAAAUACUGAAGUACUUAAUUAGAAUUACAACUUAAUUUCUAUAAAUUGGAAUUCAGAAUGUUUUGACACCUGGAGGAGAGAAAUCCAAAGCUAUAUGAGCUCUCAGGUUCGACCAAUUGUUAUUCUGAAGGGGGACAGAUGUUUGCACUUCAUCUAUAGACUCAGCAAAAUCCAGUCUGAUGCUCAAACACAAGUUGGAACAGCCAACAGGACCUAAACCUAGAAGACAUGGCAGAGGACUGGAGAGAUUCAUCCAGAUCCCGAUCUUCUUCUUCCAGGACUUCCCACCAAGCCUCAGAGAUCUACAAAGGGAUACAGGGAAGUAAUGGAGACUGGAUACAUGGACAGAACAGAAAGCUCAGAAACAGACCCAGUGAGAUCCUGCCAGCUGAUUUUCUCAUAGUCACCCAUGAAAAUCAAGGCAGAGAGAAUGGCUUGUCCACAAAUGACUGCAGAAGAAGAUUUAAAAACAAACAAUAGGGAACCCUUUGAAAAACUGAACACAGUCACCAUUUCAAUUGACCUCAAAUCCAAACACUGUAAUGUUCACAUAAACUUAUAGAAGAGGACUACAUAAUUUCCUGCCUUAUAAAAAGGAGGAUCAGAAAUAACACAGAGAAGAUGAACUGUGGACUCAGGAUGCCUGCUGCCACCAGACAUGAAAUACAGAGGCUGGAGCAUGGCUGGAGCAGACACUCCCCCAGGACAUCUAGAGAGAGCCUGGUCCCUGACACACCCCAGCAGACAACAAAUCCCUGACAGUGAACAUUGUGUGGCUAAGAGGAGGUGGAGGUGUAGUGUGUGCUGUGUGGUGUGAGGAGGGCUGAAACCCAUCACAUUGUGUGGGAUGGAAAUGAGCUGUCCAGCUGAUCUGAUAACAGCACUGUGUGGAUGGUCCAGUCACUGGGGAAAGCAGCAGGGCUGACACCUAGAUACUCACAUGUGCUACCCAAGCCCCUCCUCUUGUUAACAACUUACAUACAGGGUCAGUGUAAGGACAUGAAGGACGCCUCUCACCCACACUCACCACAUAGUCCUCUAGGUAUUAGGACUAGAUAUUCAACUCCCCUUCUGCUGUCCCACACACAGUGCUAGAUUCUAGACCAUGCUAGACAUGUCUCCAACCACAAUGUACUAAGCCAUGGGGAAAGUUAUCAGGCCCUGUUGGACACUUGACCUCCUGACAAGGACACACAGUUACCGCUUGGUUCAAAGACUCCUGGAAUCUUCCUGCACUGACAUACAACACUAGGUAUAAUGCAGCAUGAGACACUACAGCCAUGCAUCCUCACUGGUACUACCAGCUGUCAGACCAUGAUAAAUAACCCCUACAUCACACACACACACACACACACACACACACACAGACACACACACACACACACAGACCCUCUAAUACACUUCUAAGUAUUGGGCCAUGCAUGACUUCCCACCAAACCACACAAUGACUGCCCUGUAUCAGGCAUUGAUAAACAAACCCUCACACAUACCUCACAUGUAUUCCUAGGUCUGGAUCCGGAAUGUCAUUCACAUAAUCCUUUAUUAACAGCUACUUAUCAGGCCAAACAAGACACUCUCUUGCCACUGUACCCAAACACUCUGCUACUAUUGGACCCCACUUGACACCCUAACGUCACUGAAAUUCCACAUACACUGCUAGGGUUCAGGCCCUCUUGAAUAGCACACCCCACUGCCACAAUCUACAGUGUUAGUAUCAGGGCCCAAAGGAUAUCACAUUUCAUCAACCCAUAUAUCCGUGUUGGAUACCAGACCUGCUGGGCAUUGCAAACUCCAUGGCAACUCAUACAAGGCUAGCUGACGGCCCUGGAAUGCACCCAUCACCCUGCAGCUGUCUCACAUGCACUGCUAGGUGUCAGGCUCUGCUGGCUCCCUCAGUGCCACACACACACUCUGAAGUGUCAAGCACAUUUGGACAUCACGUCGUGCACUGCCAACCUACUUCAAAAUGGAUGAUCAGACCCUGAAGGACAUCAGCUCAGCCAUAAGCUGACACUCCGUAGGGAUUGUGCAGAGCUUGACACCCCAUUCUUCCACUGCUCCCCUCUGACAUGCAGUUAUCAUCAAACACACUGGACACACCACCCCUGUGACCACACACCCACUCUAGGUACCAGGUCUAGUUUGACUUCAUUCCCCACAUUAGUCGACAGCCAUCAGACCAUGCUGGGAACUUUUCCCUAGUCAGGUCUUCCACAAUACUUAGAAAUUUGCACAUCUGGACACUCUUCUUCUGCUGAAGACACACCCACACUGCUAGGCAUCAGCUUCUACUGGACUCCUUCCUAUGCUCUACCAUGUGCUGGGUCUCAGGCUCUACUGUUAGUUACUGGGCCAUGCUGGACAUUAACCCCUGUCCAAACCACAGUGCAUAUAAAGUGCUGUGUGUCAGGUUCACUUGAACACAGGCUCCAUCACACAUGUCAUGCUAGGUACCAGACAAUGUUGACACACACCCUUACCCUCGAUAUACACUACUGACCUGACAAACACUGCAAUUUUAAAGGCUCUGCUAGACACCUCCAUCACUGACAUAUACAAGUUUCUUGCUAUUAUGCUCUUGUAUAUUGAAGUCUAUUGUAUGCAUACACAAUAAAUGGCUUCAAGCCUUACCCAAAAUAGCACCAUUCUGUUGACAACAUACACUACCAGACAGGGGCAUGGGUGUAAGCACGGCUGAAAAUUAGCAGUGCUUUGGCAGCAGCAGUAUGGAUGUAGGAAGAUUUGGGCAUCCAGGCCUCAGGCAGGUGUCCAGCAAAGCCUGAAUCCAAGCAGUGUAUUUCAGGCUAUAGUGGCAUGGGUAGGAGUGUCCAGCAAGGCAGUGGUACAUGAGUGGGUUUGGGAGCAGGACUGGUGGGCAGUAGCUAGUAAGGCUUGUUGUGUGGGCAGCCCCUGAUAGUGGGAUGAGUCUCUGUGGGAGAAGAGGGGGAUGCUCUGCUGCUGUGUGUCUUAUGAACACAAUGGUGUAUGUUGGGUGGCAGCAGUUGGGAACUGUCUAGAUCCAUUAGGACAUGACAUCGAGCAGUCUAUGUAGGAUACCAGGGGGGUUUGCAGCCAUGCCUGUUCAAUAGUGAUAUAUGUGGAGCAGUGUUAAAUAUGAUGUUAUAAAGAAAAGUGUGUAUGCACGUGCGUUUGAACUUGGGUGAGUGGUCAGAGAGUGUGCUACAUUGUCAUGGGGAUAGCUGUCUUAGAAAAAAAGAGUCAGUGACUAGGCAAAUGGAAUCUCAGAGUCAGUAUAUUAUUAAUGAAGUUGAUCAGAGAAAGUGUCUUCAA